UUGCCGGCACCAAGACGGAGAGGAAGCGGCGGAGCGGCAGCAGCUGCCGCGGGCUGGACGAGGGAGGGGAAGGUAUCUGCUGCUAGGUCGCGCGCCGGCACAGUGAGCGCCCACCUGCAGACAUGGCAGCCACGCCGCUACUCAGCCUGCUCCUACUGGCCGCCACCACCGGCUUGUGCGUCGAGGUGAGCAACAAGCUGGACUUUUGGGAGGAAGAGGAGACGGACGCGCACGAGAACGAAGUGGAGCCCCGUCCGCCGCCGCUGACCGUCGUCGACGUGCACGUCGUCGUGUCUAACGGCAGCGCCAGCACCACCGAGAAGCACCGAGACGUGCCCGUCUACGUGCCCGUGGAACUCGUCACUCCCAAGCCAGCCACCUCCCGCCCGUGGAAGCACCACGGCAGCUACGCGCCCUCGAGCACCGUCCCAGUGCACGACGUGCCGGUGUACGUGCCGGUGUCCAACAGCGUCUCCAGCGGCGCCAGCGGCCACAAGGUGCACUACGACGACGUCCCUGUGCUCAUCGGCAGCAGCGGAGUCAAACACGUCAAGACCGACGACUCCCAGAAGACGGUGCCCGUCGUUAUCCCCAUCAGCAUCAACAUCAGCACCGGCAAGGAGGACAAGUCCCCGCCGGCUAAGCACCCGGACGUCCCGAUAGUCAUUGGCAAACCUCCAGCUGCCUCCAGUACGGUGCCGCCGGACGUCCCCGUCGUCUACGGACUCAAUCUAGGUCCGCAGUUCCACCGUCGGGGUGGCGGUGGCUUGGUGAGACCGGCGCCGCCGCUGCAGGACCGCACUUUCUGGUGGCCGCCCGUCGUGGCCAUCGCCCCCCGCCCCUGGCUGCCGCCCGUGCAGCUACCGCACUACCACCCCCAGCCCCCGCAGCCGCCUCCUAGGCCCGUAACUCCCAGCCGCACUACGAGCACCACUACAACGACUACCUCUUCGUUGGUCGUCGAUGGGAAACUUGACUUCGGCGAUUAUUAGAACCAGACGCUGUUCCUGCUGUGUAAACAUGGCGGACAAAAAUAAAUAUACUCGCCAAUAUCAGUCCUCAAAACUUCAUACCAGAAGUGAUUAAUAUUAAUUUGUGCAUGAAUCUUGAUUUAAUGCUUGUGUUAUCGAUGCAGGUCAAAGUUUCAGUGAAAAACAAGGUAUUGUGAGAUAAAAAAUUAAUAUAUGUACCGUAUGGCAGCCCAUGACAAAGUGUUAAUUUAUACAUAACCUACGUUUUACAGUAUAAAAUCGUUUAAUUCUUAUUGUUCGGUAAUUAAUUUGAGCAGCUAAUGUUUUAGUCCAGGCAUCCAUGAAGAGAUUCGGAGGUAAAGAUAUCUAUCAUCACGUGAGUUGUCUGAAAAUCGUGUGUAAACGCAAAAAAUAUUUUGGUGGGUCGACAGUGUUAAUUAAACGUGAUUAACCGACUCUGAACACUAACAGGCAUUUUAAAAUUAUCUUGAAAUAUUAUCAGACGUUCGUUUGAGGGCAGCGUGUAAUGUGUUCAUUCUCUGUCUCUCAUUUUCUGAUAGCGUCAGCAGCUUUUUCACAACUAUUUCCAUUAGCUAUAAUGGUUGGAGACAGGGAUGUAAUAAAAUAUAACCGACUGAUUACAGAAUUUAUUCUGAAUUUGCUGCUUAGACACAGGUAUGAUUAAGCUCAUCGUACAAUGUUUACAUUCAAAAGUUAAUUUAAUGAUGAUUUCAAAUUUAUACAUAAAAAUUAAAUAUAUGUUCAACAAUGAAUAAU